GCAUGAUUUAGGUCAUCAUCUAGCUUGGGGUAGAGAAUUCUCAGUUUGUGAACAAGCUGGACCUAAAAUUGAAAAUGACAAAAAAGUUUUAGAUAAUACAUUGAAGCAUUACAAUGUCCAAUUGCACAACACUGCAUAUUAG